AUACAGGGCCGGCCCAACUGCGGAGUCCUUCAUUUUCAACCUCUCUCAUUUGCGGCAUGAAACAGAAAUCUCAACUUUCUUUCUUGAACUCAGGCUGAUUUUUUACGUUGGCUUUUUGAGCUUUUUGCAGCUCUUUUCCAUCAAUAUGGAUUUGGUCAAAGAAAAUUACGGUGAUGCCGAUGACAAUGAGGAUGGAUCUCCCGAACGGUCGGUUUCUCAGGAAAAUUCUGAAAUAUGCGAUGAAUUUUCAGAACCAGAGGUUUCUCCUCGAGUUGGUGACGAAUAUCAAGUUGAAGUUCCUCCUCUGUUGUUGAAAUCAGAUAUAAACUUGUUUCAGUGUUGCAAGGAGGCAGAAAUUCAGGAUAGUAGGCUCCAUGAAGUUUUUGUUGGAUUGCCCGUUCGGGUAAUGUGGAUUUCCGAGCAAGCUCAUCGGAUGGAACGUAAGCUAUGUGAAGAUACAGUUGAGAAAUGCAACAGAAAUGAGGUCUUGAAAGUUGAAUCAUUUGAAGAUGAACAGGUAGGCAAUGGCGCAAAGUCAAACAUUGAGGCAACGGAAGUAACGACAGGCAGUACAAUAGAUGUCGCCUUGCCGAAAGAAUCCGUGCUUGUGACAGAUACAGAUCAGAAGGAUAAUACCGAUGACGGCUGUCUGGUUCCCGGUGUCUCGGGUGAGCCUUGGAGUGAUGGAGAAGAGGCGAGUUUCCUUCUUGGUUUAUACAUAUUUGGGAAAAACCUUGUUUUGGUGAAGAAGUUUGUUGGAAGCAAACAGAUGGGGGAUGUUCUGUCGUUCUACUAUGGAAGGUUUUAUCGGUCGGAAAAAUACCGCCGAUGGUCUGACUGUCGGAAAGCUCGACGCAGAAAAUGUAUCUUCGGACCGAGAUUGUUUAAAGGUUGGAGACUACAGGAAUUGGUUUCUCGGUUGCUUCCUCGUUUAGCAGAGGGUAACAAGAAUGCAUUAAUGGAGGUCACGAAAGCGUUCAGUGAUGGCAAAAGUUCUUUUGAAGAGUAUGUGUUUGCUUUGAAGGCUACGGUUGGAACGGAAGCUUUUGUCGAGGCAGUGGGGAUUGGUAACGGGAAGCAAGAUCUUACAGUAGUUUCGAUGGAUCCAUUAAAACCGAAUCACGUUUCUUCUCUCCGACCCGAGAUACCAAUUGGGAAAGCAUGUUCUGCCCUUACUCCCUUGGAAAUUGUCAACUAUCUAACAGGUGAUUUCAGGUUGAGCAAAGCCCGAUCGAAUGAUCUCUUUUGGGAAGCUGUUUGGCCUCGUUUGCUUGCUCGGGGAUGGCACUCCGAGCAGCCGAGGAAUGUUUUUACUGCUGGUGCAAAGCAUUCAUUGGUCUUUCUCGUCCCGGGUAUCAAAAAGUUUUCGAGGAGAAGGCUGGUAAGGGGAAAUCACUAUUUCGAUUCUGUCAGCGACGUCCUUGGUAAAGUUGCUUUGGAUCCUGGACUACUUGAGCUUGACAACAAUGCCGACAAUGGUAGUAAGAGCAAGGAAGAAAAUGGGUGGACCGACGACUCAAAAAUUGACCAAGAUGAUUUUCCUUCUCAACAACGCCAUUGUUAUCUCAAACCAAGAACUCCAGCCAACACCGAUUUUGUGAAGUUUACUGUGAUCGACACCAGUCUGGCUAAUGGAAGUGCAUCAAAAGUCCGAGAACUUAGAAGCUUACCACUUGGCGUACUAAGCGUUUCUACGUCGAGAUCUCAUUUUGAAAAUAACGACCUAUAUUCUUCCAGUGAGUCAGUGGAGGAUUCUGAUUCCGAAGAGGACCGACGUUUCGGCAAGGCUGAAACUGCUGGUACCUCUCGAGCCUGGAGAAGAAACAAGAAACAAAAGGUCUACUCGAAUGGACAUUAUUCUCCAUCUGAUUCUACUGAUUCACCUGCAGAAGUUUUGAAGGAACACAGCUGCAUACCAUCCGAUAGCACGCGUUCUCAGAACGGUAUUGUGCACGAGUUUGGCCAAAAAUCGAGAUCGAUCAAUAAAGGAAAGCCUUCUAAUGUUACCAAAAAACGCAGGAGACUAAACACUUUUGGUUCGAAGUGUACAAGUAAUAUUUCGGUACCUACCAAACCGAAAAACAAUGCCUGCUGCUCUAAAGACGGUCCCGGGUCUAGUAAGAACGUCCUGCCUGGAUGCAGUCCCAUAUCUAGCCAUGAUGGAAACCCGAAUGAUAUCUCUCUCAAUCAGUCUCGUGCCUUAAUAGACAUAAACUUGUCUGUUCCUCUCGACGCGAAAACCGACAAACCUAUUAUAAUUCAAACGAGAGAAGAACAACCUGACCACACAAGCAAGGAACCAGACCAUCCCAGUGUAGCUAGAACUUCUGAAGUCCCAAGCAUUUAUGAUCAGCAACAUUGUCUGACUUCGAGGAGAGUCAGUAGUCGGAACCGACCCCCAACAGCUCGAGCGCUGGAAGCAAGAGCUCUAGGAUUGUUGGACGUCAAGCAAAAGCGAAAGCAUAAAGAUCCAUUCCUGGAAGGGAACUCGAUGAUGAGGCCGCCACGACAUGCUCGUCCAAAGGUAAGACCUACUGAGAACUUGGGAAUUAGCAUUGAAAAAUUAGAGAUUGAAGAUAGAGCAGUAGUUAGUUCAUGUAACAGUAACAGUAAUAGCAAUAGUAAUAGUGAGGUGUUAUCUAAGCUUGAAACUUAAUCCCUCAAAAAGAAUUUACUUCUUGAUUUGUCUUAUUUAUUGUGGCAUAUAUAUUGGUAUCACUCUUGAAGUCUUCUCUUUUCUAUGCAUCAACAACACUUGGAUA